AUGGCAAUCGGUACGAGUUUUGUUAUCACCAAAAAGGGCUUGAUGCAUGCCUCCGAACGUCAUGGGUUUGAAGGAGAAGGGUUCUCAUAUCUGAAGAGUCCGGUGUGGUGGGGGUGGCAUAUGGCCCUUGGCGAAGUCGCCAACUUUGCCGCAUAUGCCUUUGCGCCUGCGAUUCUGGUUACGCCCCUGGGUGCGCUCAGUGUUUUGAUCGGUGCGGUCCUGAGCUCAUACUUCCUCAACGAGAUACUUGGUGUAUUGGGAAAACUGGGCUGUGCACUGUGCUUGCUGGGGUCAGUCGUCAUCGUUCUCCAUGCGCCCCCAGACAAGCAGGUGGAGACAGUCAAUGAGAUUCUUGCAUAUGCCGUCCAUCCAGGAUUCCUAUUUUAUUGUCUGGUAGUUGCGAUCUUCUCGACCGUGAUGAUCUAUCGGGUUGCGCCGAUCUACGGCAAGAAGAACCCCCUCAUCUACAUCUCGAUCUGCUCUACUGUUGGAUCUGUUUCCGUCAUGUCCGUCAAGGCCUUCGGUAUUGCGGUGAAGUUGACCAUUAACGGUAACAACCAAUUUGUCCAUGCAUCCACCUACGUUUUUGCGAUUGUGACCGGAUUCUGCAUUUUGACGCAAAUGAACUACUUCAACAAGGCACUGAACUCUUUUUCCACGUCCAUUGUGAACCCACUUUACUAUGUCACCUUCACGACUGCGACCCUUUGCGCGUCCUUUAUUCUGUUCAGGGGAUUCAACACCACAGAUGCUGUCAGCACGAUAUCCCUGCUCUGUGGAUUCCUCAUUAUCUUCACCGGCGUUUACCUUUUGAAUCUUUCGCGACAUGACCCUGAUGGACAUUCCAUGGUAAAUUCCAAGCUUGACGAAGACGGUGUGCCAACAGACGGUCUGGCCAGCUUCCAAACCAGGCGCUCCAUGCAGUCCCGCCGAAGCACCUCGAGCACAUUUUUCAAUGGAAACGGCGACCGCGAAGGCCUCAUUCACGCAUACGAUGUGGAGAACGGAAUUGGCAUGAACAACUUGGCAGACAUAAGUAAUGGGGAGCCUGGUCCAACCUUCGAGCGGACUGGGGCACAAACUGCCCUGCAUACCAAGCGGAACAGCCAACUUUGA